AUGGGUGACAUCCGUCAGUCGUUGCUGCCGGAUGUGCUGAGUGCAGCCAAGGAGCUGCUGUAUCACCUGGACAUCUACAUCUGUAACCUGGUGCAGUCAGGAAGGCAGCCCCCUCAGGUUGAUUCCAAAACCGUUGAGCUGGUUGAGGAGUUCAUCCUGCAUGCACCUAAAGACAGAAACAGCCCAACUAGGAGGAUGAGCGCUCUACAGGAGCUCCAGCUGUUGGAGAUCAUGUGCAGCUGUUUCCAGGAACAGAGCCGUGAUGCUGUCCGUCAGUUGAUGUUCUCCGCCCUCUUCAGUCUCCAAGGCAACCAGGCAGAUGAAAGUCGCAUGGCGUUGUUAGGCAAACUGGUCUCCAUGGCCAUUGCUGUGGGCAGGGUGCCUAUCUUGGAAUGUGCUGCUACCUGGUUACAGCGAACACACAGAGUGUACUGUGUGCGUCUGGCGCAGGUGCUAGUAGAUGAUUAUUGCAGUAUGGUGCCAGGCUCAGUACCCACUCUGCAAAACAUCCACAGUGCCAGUCCACGCUUCUGCUGCCAGUUCAUUACAGCUGUCACCACUCUCUAUGAUCUCAACACAGAGGAGCUCACUCCUCCUUUAGAACUCCUCCAGAUGAUUGUAUCGUGGAUCCAUGAUGACCCUCGCCUCGUCCUAAUCACCUUUCUAAACACGCCCCUUUCUGGCAACCAGCCAAUCAGCUCAUUGGAUGUCACACCAUUAGGUGGGUUAGUACGCUGGUGCGUUAAAGCACCACUUGCCUACAGGAAGGAAAAAAAGCAGGCAUUAACUAACGGCACCACUGAGAGUGAGCCGGAGGUGGGGCCUCUUUUCUCUGGUCUCCAUCUGAGUGUCCUACAGGUCUUCAUGCUUUUGCCUAACAUACUGAAUGAGAAGGGGCUAUUUGGCCGUCUGGGACUGCUUCAGGUGGAGUCCCUGGCUGCUCUGACCUCUGACCUGUCCCGGCUGUUGGACCAGGCUGACAAACACACACACACCUCGCCUGCAGAUUCACACACACUGUCCCAGCUGACCCUGGACCGGCUGGCACAAGCUCUGCAGGUGGCAAUGGCAAAUGGAGCCCUGCUUUGUUCCAGAGAGGACCUACGGGCAAUUUGUUCUCGACUCCCACACAACAAUUUGCUCCAGUUGGUGUUGUCCGGUCCCGUCAUGUACUACAACAACAUCCACACUCCUCCUCUGGCCUUCAGUCCGCAUGCUGCUCACUCCCCCAUUGCCUCACAUCCUACACACUCACCACACCCUGCACACCCCCCGCACCCCACACACCCAACACACCCCCCACACCCUGCACACACACCUCUAGCCCCCCAUCCCUCCUCUCAUGCCCAGUACCCUGCUCAGCCGUUCAUGACAGGGAUGCCGUUCCCCUUCAGACCCAGCCACUAAAACUGUGUCCUACAUGUCUGCAGAUGUGGAGCUGUGUGUGUGUGUAUGUAUGUUUGUGUGCCUGCAAUUAUGUGUGAAUGUUAGUUGUUGUUUGAGUUACUGUUUGUGUGUGUGUGUGUGUGUGUGUGUGUGUGUGAUGUAUUAAAAUGUUAAUAAGCAGAUUUGCUGUUGCUAAAAGUCUGUGAGGCUAACAUGUCAGUUCAAUAAAUAUUUUUUUACCCUGA